CGGCUACCCCAUAUAAGACCUCGACCCCAACAUCUCUACUUUUCAAUUCUCCGUCCCCUUUCGUUAUCUUUGAAUUCAAUUCUGCACAUAGCUAGAUAGAUUGAAACCAAGCAACCAUCAUGCACGGCAGUUGACUAUAAACAAACCGACAGAUUUUCAGUCUGUUAUCAUCUUCUUCAGUUUCCACCAAAUUUUCAGUUCUGCGACUCGUUCAAUCUUCCUGGUAAAACCGUUCAAUCUUCCUGGUAAAACCGUUCAAUCUUCAAUUAAUCCCAAUUUUUUCCACUCCCCUGUGUUUCCACCGCAAUGGCCAUUCAUCGCUGCUGAUAUUUCCAUCGUAUUUGCCCUAAGAUCCCCAUUCUUCGGAUUAUAUUUGUGACGUUGAUCGAGAGGUUUCUGAAUUAAUUGGUCAAAACAUGUACAGGAAGAGAUAGAGAGAGAUAAAUGGGGAUUUGUUGGGGUUCUCCAGUUGAUAAUCAUACCCCUACUACCACUGGACAUCUCAGUUCAGUGGUAUCCCAGGCAACAGCAUCGACCGUGAGCAACAUCUCGAAGAACAGUCAGUUCUCGGCAGCAAGUGGAGAUGAAGCUUGUCUACAUGGCCAGAUUUUGCUCUCUCCAAACUUGAGGGAGCAUAGCUUGGCAGAGCUCAGAGCUGCAACCAAAAACUUCAGAGCCGAUGCAUUGCUUGGUGAAGGAGGCUUCGGCAAGGUUUAUAAAGGUUGGCUUGAAGAGAAGGGCCAUGGAAGGAAGGGAAAUCCGAUGGUUAUUGCGGUCAAAAAGUUGAAAUCUGAUAGCUUACAAGGAAUUGAGGAGUGGCAGUCAGAAGUGGGCUUCUUGGGAAGCCUUUCUCACCCAAACUUAGUGAAGCUGUUGGGUUACUGUUGGGAAGAUCAUGAGUUGCUUCUUACUUAUGAGUUCAUGCAAAAAGGAAGCUUGGAGAAUCAUCUAUUUGGAAGGGGCUCAGCAGUUACACCAUUAGAAUGGGAUACUCGGCUUAAGAUCGCCAUUGGUGCAGCCCAAGGGCUGGCCUUCUUGCAUGCAUCGGAUAAUCAAGUAAUUUAUAGAGAUUUCAAGGCUUCUAAUAUUCUGCUUGAUGGGUCAUAUACAGCAAAGUUAUCUGACUUUGGCUUGGCAAAAUUGGGUCCUUCAGAAAGUAAAUCUCAUCUGACGACUCGAGUUAUGGGCACUCAUGGUUAUGCUGCUCCCGAGUACGUUACCACGGGACAUCUGUACGUUAAGAGUGACGUAUAUGGCUUUGGAGUUGUAUUGAUUGAGAUAUUGACUGGUUUACGUGCUCUUGAUGAAAACCGUCCAACCGGGCAAGAAAACCUGGUGGAUUGGAUAAAACCUUACUUAUCAGAGAGGAGGAAGCUGAAAAACGUGAUGGACUUUCGGUUGGAAGGAAAAUAUCCAUCCAGAUCCGCAUUCCAAGUGGCUCAGCUGGCUCUACAAUGUAUUGAGAAAGAACAGAAAAACCGACCACCAAUGAAAGACGUCGUCGAGACCUUAGAACAGAUCAAAACGAAUGAGAAACCAAUCGAGCCUAGAACCCGUGCUUCCCGUCUGGCAUCAAACUGCAAUGCUCAUCAGCCUCUUCACCAUAAUUCUCCAAUUUACGUGAAGCAAUAUGGAGGAAUCCAUGCUUAUCAAACAACACCACCCAGGUUGAGAUAGAUUUCAGCUGUUCUUCAUUUCUUCAUGCACGUUUCUUAUAGAAUGUUAGAAUGAAGUUUGUUCUCUGUGCUGUAAGGAUGUAGAUAAGUACUAAGGUUGUGGAUGUUGGGAAUUAGGAUAGCCUCAGCUGCUCCUAUUUUCUGUGAUAUGUUAGCUUAAUUAUUUUGAUUCGAACCAAAUACGGUGGAGAGUAGCUAAUUUAUGUAUAGCUCAAUUGAAUAAUGCAUAUAUCCUCGAUUUGAUCGAGUGGCCAAAAUUUGAAUUA